GUAGAGCAUAUAACACUUUUGAAGCUUUGAUAUGAACAUCAAUGGCUGCCUUGUAUCUUUACCUACCAAUAUUCCUAAUCCUUUAUGUUUUCACUAAGCAUUUCCAUAACAAAAUCCAUAACCUUCCUCCAACUCCAUUUCCAUGUCUUCCCAUCAUUGGACACCUUCACCUCCUUAAGAAACCUCUCCACAGAACUCUAUUCGACAUCGCGAACCGGUAUGGUCCUGUACUCUUUUUCGAGUUCGGGUCACGUAGGGUCCUCGUUGUGUCAUCCCCGUCUGCUGCGGAAGAAUGUUUCACUAAGAACGAUGCCAUUUUCGCCAACCGUCCUCGCUUGCUCAUUGCGAAACACUUGGCUUACAACUACACUGGACUCUCUUGGGCACCUUAUGGUGAUCUUUGGCGAAACCUUAGACGGAUUGCCUCGAUCGAGCUUUUGUCAUCGAGCCGGCUGCAGUUGUUGUCGUGCAUACGGAUGGAUGAGGUGAAAUCGUUGAUGAGGAAGUUGUUAUGUCGUCAAGAUGAACCGGUUGAGUUCAAGAGAGCGUUUUUUGAGUUAACAUACAAUGUGAUGAUGGGGUUGAUUGCAGGGAAAAGGUACUAUGGUUGUGAAGAUGUCGAAAACAUGGAGGAAGCUGAACGGUUUCGAGAGAUACAAAUUGAGGCACUCGAGUUGAGUUCGGUAACGAAUUUCGGUGACUUUAUACCAUGGCUUAAGUCCAAGAAAUUGGAAAAGAGGUUGAUGGAGUGUGGUGCAAAGAGGGAUAAGUUUAUGCAAGAUCUCAUAGAGCAAUAUAGGAGAAAAAUGAAGAGUGAUCCUAAUGGUGAGGGGAACAAGAAGACCAUGAUUGAGAUUUUGUUGUCAUUACAAGAAUCUGAAUCUGAUUAUUACACUGAUGAGAUCAUUAAAGGCUUGAUGAUUAUUCUAUUGAUGGCAGGGACUGAAACUUCAAUUAGUUCUAUGGAAUGGGGACUUUCCCUUUUGCUUAACCACCCUGAAGUGCUUACAAAGGCUCGAGACGAAAUCUUGAACACGGUGGGAGACGAGCGGUUAAUCGAGGAAUCUGACCUGGUUCGACUUCCUUACCUCUGUAGCAUCAUCUACGAGACUUUGAGAAUGUACCCACCGGUUCCAAUGCUAGUACCUCAUGAAUCAUCAGAGGAAUGCAUGGUGGAUGGUUUCCGAAUUCCAAGUGGCACAAUGUUAUUGGUCAAUAUAUGGGCUAUACAGAAUGACCCCAAAGUUUGGGAAGACCCUACAAGAUUCGAACCAGAGAGGUUUGAUGGGCUAGGAGGUGCAAGAGAUGGGUUCAAAUCGUUGCCGUUCGGGGCCGGAAGAAGAGGCUGUCCCGGAGAAGGCUUGGGACUGAGAAUAGUUGGGUUGACAUUAGGAUCAUUGAUUCAAUGCUUUGAAUUGUCGAGGAUUGGGGACAAAAUGGUCGAUAUGAGGGCUGGAACAGGGGUUACCAUGCCCAAAGCUCAACCAUUAGAAGCAAAAUGCAAGCCAAGGCCAGCCAUGCUUGAACUUCUUUCUCAAAUUUAACCUUAUUGGCAAUAAAGAUUCCAAAUUGAUGGAAUUGGAUAAUUCAAAACUAAUAAAAGCAAGCAUAGGAAGUUUCACUUUUAAGACAACUUGCAACAUUUUUUGUUGUCUAUUUAUGUGUGGCAUAGAACAAGACAUUCAAAAGAUAAGAGACAAUUUUAUGCCAUCGGAAUACAAUAAAAAAAAGGGCUACAUUGUUCUGUA